AUGGAAGUUUCAUGCAAGAUUUUGAGAAGAUCAGUUCAUUGUUUUCUUCAAAACUAUCAUUAUUUCACUUCAUCAAUAGCUUUUCUUGUCUUUCCUUUCUCGGUUUCGAUACUCUUGUCACAAGCUUUCGUUCCUUCUCCUUCGUCUCUUUUGCCUCAAAUUUAUAACCGUUUGAGGAUGCUCUUUGAUGCUGCAGCAUCAAUAAUUCAAGCUCUUAAACUCAAUCAUAAUAAAUCAGUUGAAACACUUGGAUACUCGUCGCCUAGUUUCCUUCUUUUCAUGUCAGCGACCGGAGCAGUUCUCUUUUCUGUGAUUCUUGCCAAUGCACUUGUGAUAUGCAACAUGUCACUUGCUCUAUCUGGUAUGGAAGGACACGGUGGAUACUCGGCGAUUCUUAAAGCUUGUAUCUUGAUGAGGGGAAAGACAUCAAUGGCUUUGUUCUUAGCACUUCCUGUUAAUGUUGCCUUGGCUGCUGUUGAGGCCUUGUUUCACUUCAGGGUUGUAAGGGAAUAUCAUAUUGUUGGAAAGGCAAGGCCUUUUUUGGUUUUAGAAGGGAUUUUCAUUGCAUACUUGUACUCAAUCUUCAUCAUCCUUGACACUACUGUGAGCUGCUUGUUUUACAAAAGGUUGAAGACAGAAUCAUGGAUUGUUCAAGAUAAGGACAGUUAUGGUUAUAUUGGCAACAAGAAUUUUGAAGAACUACCGUAA